UAACUUAAUAUGUGUACGAUUCGUCUUGUGUACCAAGUGACUUAUACCCCCCCCCACUCACAUACAACAACAACAACAGCUUCCUGUUGUAUUAGCACAUUUCUCGCCAUAAGAGUCGAGUUAUCACAGCUGCGAUCAUGGCUGACCAAUCUAAAGACAACCCAUUACACAUAUCGUGGCAUGACAGCAUGUGGGUGCCUCACCUUAACUCGACCAACAUCAUGGAGUACUUCGGUGAGAGGACGAACCCUUUCUAUUCAAGGGACUGCAACAACGAAUUCAUCAAGAUGCAGCAAAACACGAGGGUCGAUCAGCUCACCCACAUGCAGGGAGUGGAAUAUAUGCUGCUGCACACACAGGAGCCCAUUCUCUACAUCAUCCGCAAGCAGCAGCGUUUCUCCCCAACACAAGUCAAUCCUCUUGCCAACUACCACAUCAUCGGCGGACAAGUAUUUCAGACGCCAGAUUUGGGCUCUGUCAUCAACUCUAGAGUGCUGGCAGCGGUAAGCAACCUGACAAGCGCUUUCACAGAGAUGCAGUCCUUCUCACACUAUCACCCAUCGCGCGGAUAUUGGUGGCAGUUCCGAAAUCAGUUAGAGCAGGCUGAGCAGCAGAAAAAGGAUAAGGAGAAGAAGGUUGGACAGGGAAGGCGAGUAGACCCAGGAUCUGCAUUCCAGCGUCGACGGGUGGAUUCUCUGUUAGAAGACCUUCAUGCCAAAUUUCCAUACAAGUUCCCAAAUCAGGCACAGCAGCCAGCACAGCAGUCAGCACAACAACCAGCACAGCAGCAAUCACAGCAGCAACAGCAAUCCCAGCAACCAACACAACAGGAUGGUGUGAAGACAGACGACACCAAAGCGGACAUAAAAACAGAUAUCAAGACUGAAGUGAAAGUGGAGGUGAAGACCGAACCGUCAUCACAGCCAGUGACACAGCGCUCUGUCAAGCCUCCACCGGAGAAGAGACAGCGUACUGGACCCUAGCCCUUGGCCCUGUGUAGUAAUGUCUUAAAAAGCUGCCUCUGGAGCCACGUGUGCAAGAUUAUUGAAACGGCUGCCAGUAACGUUGCUAAAUGAAUUGUUUUUCACAUGCCUGAAAUCAUUCCCCAUGGCAAACAAAGUUGUAACUAUAAUUCUUGGAAUUUCAAUAUAAUUCAUGUAUACAGUAAUGAGCUUUGUUAGGGCAAAUCAAGUGUAAUAAUUUUGAUCAUAUUGAUCUAGAAAGCAAGGCGUGUGGGGACAAUAACCAACGUUACUUCCAUACAAUCUGCUUUAUUUGACGUUCUUAUACUGUCAUUUCAAAAGACCAAUAAAAUAUUUUAUUAA